AUGGACCUAGUCCACAACCUGAUUAUUCUGUGGGAUUUGGACGAUCUGCGUUCACAGACAAUCAACUUGAAAAGCUUAAGCCUUUUGUUGUGCGGCGCGGCGACACUUAAUAUUGCAGACCGGCAGAAUGCUCACAGUAUGACUCUUGCUGUGAGGGGUGUUACGGACCUCUUCAGGCGUGAGAAUGAGCUUCAUCAGGAAAUCCUUGCGUUUUCAAUCUCGCAUGAUCACCGGACAGUCAGAAUAUAUGGCCACUACCCUAUAAUCAAAGGAAAGGAGACUGCCUUCUACCGCCAUCCCAUCCGCACAUUCGACUUCACAGAACUGGAUGGCAAAGAAAAAUGGACGGCAUACAAAUUCACCAACAAUGUCUACGACAUAUGGAUGCCGACUCACUUGAAAAAAAAUAUGCUCAGCUAUCGAUGA